ACCUGGUACGAUUCAUAUUUUAUAUCGUCUUGACAACUCAGUCUCGUCUUUUUACUUCGACUUUGUCGUGUUUUCGACCUUCCCCGGUAUCACUUUCAACUCGUUGUAUUGGUCAAUCAUCCCGUGUCCCAAUCUGGCCUUGAUCAACGUCUAGGCCUUUGUGUCCUGGGUGUGGGAUUCAAGAAUCUCGACUGUGACUCACUUCCCCGUCCUUCACUACCAAGCACUUGCUUGCAUCAAAGGUCGCGCUCUUGAACUAACGGGACUCCCCGGCUUAGCUUCAGGACUUCUGUGGCCAUCAGUCGACUGUCUCUUUAUCUCAUACCCACCUUGAAUCUAAGCCAUGUCCUUCUCCCACCCUCGUCGAAGGACUCCGGUGACUCGCCCGGACAGCGACACCGACAAUGCCCUGUCCCUUAAGAACAGCUCUACCCUCCGUAAGGGUGCGACAUUUCACUCUCCUACUUCAUCAUCUUCGACUCUAGACAACACAUUUGUCCCUCCCACGCUGCCUCGAGCUCAGUCUCACUUGGACGAUGUCGUCGAUGCCAACCGUCGACGUGUGGCCCUGGCUCUGAACGACAUUGACGAGGCUCUGUCCUUGGAUCAGCUCUCUCUGUCGCCAAAGUCUAAGAUCAAGACGCUUCGAGACACCAGUCUCCCCAUCCCUCGCGGCUUCCUCGAGGGACCUAUCGUCGACCCCAAGAUGACAAAAGAAGAGGAGAGGCGCGUUCUGCGCCCUCGCUCUGUUCGCCAUUCACGGCACCAUGAAUCUGAUAGCGGUUUGGGUACAUCGGUGGCUUCCACAAACGAGAAGCGGGGUGCAGUCACUUCGGCAAAGAAGGAGACAAAGGUGCAAACACGAUCCGCCAUCACAAGAUCCGUUGCCGCAGCAUCGGAAAAGCUUCCCUCUCUGGGGCCCAAGGCUAUCAACCGCAUUCACGAGCACACUUUGCGCCCUUUGUUGGCAAAGCCGACUCUCAAGGAGUUUGAGCCCAUUGUCCUUGACAUCCCGCGACGAAUUCGAUCAAAGGAAAUUAUUUGCUUGCGAGAUCUUGAGAAAACAUUGAUCUUUAUGGCACCGGUAAGUCAGCUUCUGACUGGUUUUGGCGUUUGGGAAAAUACUUAUCGGAAUUUGUGUUUGAAGGAGAAGACCAAGUCAGCAACUUUGUACCUGGAUUUCUGCCUUACGUCCGUGCAAUGCAUUCAAGCGACCGUCGAAUAUCUCAGCGACCGCGAACAAAUUCGACCUGCUGACCGGCCUUACACUAACGGAUACUUCCUCGACCUGAAGGACCAGAUUCUACAAUACGGAAAACAACUUGCCGCAAAGAACAGCGGUGACGAUAUGGAUAUCGACGCAUCUGACGAGAUCAAACUCAUCGGUGGUCUUCACGAAGGUCGCCCCGUCGAGCUCGUCCGUGUCCGCAAGGACGGCACAUACAUCUCUCUGGACACUGGUAAGCCUGUUGAGGUUGACAGCGACUCGCCAAUGCAAGUAAAGCGAUCCCUGAGCCAGCAGCUCGAGGACGAGGAGGAGAUUCAACGAUCCAUGGCUCGCCGCAAGAAGAAUGCUUCACCCGAGGAGCUAGCUCCCAAGAAGUGCCGCGAGCCCGGCUGCAACAAGGAGUUCAAGCGUCCUUGCGAUCUUACCAAGCACGAAAAGACCCACUCUCGCCCUUGGAAGUGCCCUGUCCCGACUUGCAAGUAUCACACCUAUGGAUGGCCUACUGAGAAGGAAAUGGACCGUCACCACAACGACAAGCACUCUGCUGCCCCUGCCAUGUAUGAGUGCAUGUUCAAGCCUUGCCCUUAUAAGUCGAAACGUGAAUCCAACUGCAAGCAGCAUAUGGAGAAAGCCCAUGGCUGGACCUACGUUCGAACCAAGACCAACGGAAAGAAGCUACCAUCAGUUGCUGGCAGCGUUCAGCAACAGACUCCGCCUCUGGGUAACAUGUCAACGCCUUCUUCUACUGAAUACAACGGUGUGCCCACUCCUCCUCAGAACGACGUGACGCAGUUCGUUGGCGACUUCCCUCUCUACCCCAAUGACUCGGACUGGAUGUCAAUCAACAACAUUCCCACCGAGACACUUCACCUGGAUCUGGCUAUGGAUUCCACUUCGCCUGCUUCGGCUAGUUCCUACGAGCAGUAUGCCCCUUACCAGAACGGCUCGGCCUUCAUCCUCGAUAACGAGGACCUCUAUGCUGCUCAUAUGCAGCUUCCAGCUCAGCUACCCACACCUGAGCAACCUGUCAUGUAUAACCCCAACCUCAAGAUGAUGCAACAGCAAUUGCCUAUGUAUCAGCAACCCCAGCAGCAGAUUCCCAUCCAGACUGUUGCUCCUCACUUUUCGCCAACUGGCCAGGAAACAGCCAUGCUUUAUACUCCAAAUUCAUUACGGGAUGUUGAUGAAGGUUUUGACGACUCCUUUGCAGGAGACGGCAUGGAUUUUCCUCUCUUCCCUAAUGACAAUGGCAAUGGCAUGACCAAGACCAAUGAUUAUCAGUCACUGUUUGGUGAAAUCCCCAGCGCCAAUCUGGGCUUCUCCCAGAACUCUCAGGACAUCUUUCAGAUGAUGGACUGGUCAAACGUUGAUUUGCAGCAGAACCUCGGAGAAUAGGGAUCCGAUCUUCUGCCGUGGAACUACCCGAAUAUUGGGUAAAGGGGCACUUACUCAAAAUUGUAUAAUGUUCCCCAACAAA